AUGUUCAAAGCAACUCUUGCAGCCUCACUGCUAGUCUCUAUCGCUUCUGUUCGCGCGCAUGGCUAUGUCGAGACCAUUGUCGCGGACGGUACAGAAUACAGCGGUUAUCUCCCAUAUUCUGAUCCAUACUAUGAUCCUGUACCUGACAGGAUUGUCCGUCCAAUCCCAGGCAACGGUCCUGUAACUGAUUUAUCCUUAAUCGACGUUCAAUGCAACGGCUACACUGAUGGAGGUGUAGAAGGUUCCUCGCCCGCUCCAAUCUACGCGACCGUUGCCGCUGGAUCAGAGAUGGCAUUGACAUGGACGACCUGGCCGGACUCUCACAUGGGUCCUAUAAUCACGUACAUGGCAAGGGCACCGGAUGAUACUGACAUAACCGCUUGGGAACCUGGCACUGAUGCCGUAUGGUUCAAGGUCGACGAGCUCGGGAAAACCGAUGAUGGUUUAUGGGCAGCCACCGAUGUGUUGUCCGCCCAGGACAGCGUCUGGACAUUCACUAUCCCUGCUUCACUAAAACCCGGGCAAUACAUUAUUCGACAUGAAAUUAUUGCGCUCCAUGCAGCAUACGAAUACCCAGGAGCGCAGGUUUACCCUAGUUGUAUCCAGGUCGAAGUCACAGGUGACGGAACUGCCUUUCCUACGGAAUUUGUCUCUUUCCCUGGUGCUUACGAUGCCGACACUCCUGGAAUCGUUUACGACGCGUAUACUUCAACCGGCGAUUAUCCGAUCCCUGGACCGGAUCUCUGGACCGCCUAAUAUGUUAAGGAUGUUUUUUGUCCAUCUUACAAAUGAUAGAUCUUGUGUCAAUCAAUGAAAGUGUGCCGGAA